GAGCGCGCACGCCGUGCGUGCCUCAGAGCGCGUUCCCGCACUGCCCCAUCGCGUGGUCUGCUUUGGCUUCCAUAUUGCAGCAGUGGAUCUCUGGGAGGCCGACUACUGACCGAACCCUCACAGCUCCGAUCCUUCUCUGGUUUUACCCCGUUGCUCGUCCCCUGCUCUGCGCGCUCGUUGUCAGUGGGAGCCCCCCCCCCGGUGCGUUAUAGUCCCGUCCCCUGACGGGGAGGUUGAGAGGGGAACGGGACAUGGCGGCUCAGGUGGAGGCUCCUCUGCUACCCGCAAACCCGCUGCUGCCGCCCCUACAGCAACAGCCGCCGCCUGAGGAGAUGAUAGAGGAGAGGCGGCCGGAGGGAGGGAAGCAGCGCCAGGCCAAAGAGGACGGUGGCACUGGAGGCGAGGAAGUGCAGCUUCGUAAGGAGUUUGUGGAGGCUCCCCCACCCAAGGUGAACCCCUGGAUGAAGGCUGGCGGGAGCACCGUGAAUGGGCAGCUGCCCGCAGAACCUCCUGUUCCUGCCAAGGUGGUGAAAGCUGGAAACUCUCGGCCAAGGAGAGGAAGCAAGGUUGGGGAUUUUGGUGAUGCCACAAACUGGCCUACCCCUGGAGAAAUUGCCCACAAGACUGUGCAGCCGCCUACCAAACUCCAGCCAGGCCGCAAGUCCCUGGGCAAGAAGGAUAUGAAAGAGGAAAGUGCAGACGGGAAGGAAAACCAGAGGGUGAAAUCAGAUGAGUCCAGUGAGGAGAAGAAUGGCGAUGACGAUGGCCAGAGAUCAGCUAACAAAAAGAAAGCGUUUCCCGCAGGAAACAAACACAAGUGGGUUCCCCUACAAAUCGAGAUGAAGCCUGAUGGACCAAGAGAGAAAAAUGCAUCCAGGAACAACCGGCAAAAUGAGCAGCAACGGCACCCGCUGAACCGCAGUGACCCUAAAACAAUGUAUCCUGAUAACAAGUCUGAGCGCGAUUGGCAGGACUUCGAUGAUACGUCCAGCGUGAAAAGUGAGGGAGCUAUCAGGGGUGGCUUUAGGGGCAGAGGACGUGGCCGAGGGAGAGGAAGAGGACGUGGUCGAGGAGGCACCCGUUCUCACUUUGACUAUCCGUACGGGUACAGGAAAUUUGAUGGUUCAGAUGUAACACGUGGGCCAAAGUUUCUCAGUAAUAUCACUUAUUACUACGACAACAUGAGCAGUUCAGAGCUGUACAGUGUGGACCAGGAACUUCUAAAAGACUAUAUCAAACGACAGAUAGAAUACUAUUUUAGUGUGGACAACCUGCAGAGGGACUUCUUUUUGCGCCGGAAGAUGGAUUCUGAAGGUUUUUUGCCCGUUGGUUUGAUUGCCAGUUUCCAUCGAGUACAGGCUCUUACCACAGAUAUUGAACUGAUAGUCAAGGCACUAAAGGAUAGCAAAGUGGUAGAGAUUAUUGAUGAGAAAAUUCGCAGGAAAGAUCAGCCAGAUAUGUGGCCACUUCCAGGUCCCUCCCUUUCAGAUGCUUCCCAGACCGACUUCAAUCAACUCAUAAACUGUCCUGAAUUCGUCCCCAGGCAAGGAUUCCAGAAGGAAACAGAAUCUGCUCCUGGCUCUCCUCGAACAUCCAGCCCAGCCCGAACGACAAAAUCCGAAGAGGUCUCUAACUUGAAGACCAUGCCAAAGGGUCUUUCGGCCAGUUUGCCUGACCUGGACUCUGAUAACUGGAUAGAAGUCAAGAAAAGGCCGCGACCUUCCCCAGCAAGAACCAAGGAUGAGGUUAAGUCGCCACAGGUGGUUACACCCUUGCAGGUGACUCCACAAAAGCCACCCAAAGAUCAAGAUGAGCCAGAGGAAUUGGACUUUAUGUUUGAUGAGGAAAUGGAGCAAAUGGACGGGCGGAAGAAUACUUUUACUGACUGGUCAGACGAGGACUCUGACUAUGAGAUCGAUGAUCGAGAUGUGAACAAGAUUCUUAUUGUGACACAGACACCGCCUUCACUACGUAAGCACCCUGGAGGUGACCGCACCGGCAACCACACCUCCCGUGCAAAGAUGAGCUCAGAGUUUGCCAAAGUUAUUAACGAUGGUCUGUUCUAUUACGAGCAGGACCUGUGGACUGAACAGUUUGAGCCAGAAUACUCUCAGAUUAAGCAAGAAGUGGAGAACUUUAAAAAAGUGAACAUGAUUAGUCGGGAGCAGUUUGACACCUUAACCCCUGAGCCGCCUGUGGAUCCAAACCAGGAAGUUCCUCCAGGACCCCCGCGAUUUCAACAAGUCCCUACAGAUGAUUUGGCUAAUAAGCUGUUUGGUGCCCCUGAACCUUCAACGAUUGCCCGGUCCCUACCGACCACUGUUCCCGAAUCUCCAAAUUACCGCAAUGCUCGGACGCCACGUACCCCACGCACACCCCGGUUAAAGGAUCCAACUCUUACGCCAAGGUUUUACCCAGUGGUUAAAGAAGGCAGGACGAUAGAUGCUAAGACUCCACGGAAAAGAAAAACACGACACAGCUCCAACCCGCCAAUGGAAUGCCACGUGGGAUGGGUGAUGGACUCCAGGGAGCACAGACCUCGUACUGCCUCUGUCAGCUCUACUGCCAGCCCCUCUGAGGUUGCUCCAGCAUUGAGCAAUUACGGAUGUACCCCACAAUCUCUGCCAAAGUUCCAGCACCCUUCCCAUGAACUGCUGAAAGAGAAUGGAUUUACACAACAUGUUUACCACAAGUACCGCCGACGUUGCCUUAAUGAAAGGAAACGGCUGGGCAUAGGCCAGUCUCAGGAGAUGAACACCCUCUUCCGCUUCUGGUCUUUCUUUCUUCGAGAUCAUUUCAAUAAGAAAAUGUAUGAGGAGUUCAGGCAACUGGCUGUGGAGGAUAGCAAAGAGGGAUACAGGUACGGGUUGGAGUGCCUGUUCAGAUACUACAGCUACGGCCUAGAAAAGAAGUUCCGAGUGGACAUAUUCCGAGAUUUCCAGGAAGAGACUAGAAGGGACUACGAAACUGGUCAGCUCUAUGGGCUGGAGAAGUUUUGGGCCUUCUUAAAAUAUUCCAAAGCCAAAAACCUUGACAUAGACCCCAUAUUGCAGGAAUAUUUGAGCAAGUUCCGCCGACUAGAGGAUUUCAGGGUUGAUCCACCAAUGGGAGAAGAUGGAGGAUCAAAGAGGCGACACUCACUCUCCACAGGUGAGGGCAGAAGGAGGUACCCAUCCCAGUCUUCCAGUAGAGGAUCUGGUCAUCAGACUUCAACCCAAAAUUCAGCGAGGGAAGAGGCCAAAGCCCAAAGCCAUCCUUCCACUGCCACACCGGAUUCCCAGACUCCUGGAGCAGGGAAGUAGGCAGAAUAAAAAUUGGAGUGGAACUAAGGACUGGGAAGGGAACAUGGUUUCUUGGAUAUGGGAAGGUGGAUAUAUCAAAUGCAAUGGAUCCAGCCUUCUUCCUACAGGAAACACUGCUUACACCAGAGACUCCAGGUGCUGGAGGCAAGGACUAGUUGUUCCCGUGCCCUUUACACAUAUAGGGGGUAGCUGCUCAUACUGAAGAGGAGGAUGAUCUUUGGUUAGGGGUAUGACAUUUAGUUUCAUUUCUUUUAGCAGAAACCUGGAGGAAAGCUCUCGCUAUGUUCAGAGGGAGAUUUUUAUUUUUUUUUUUCUCCUUGUUUUUAAAUUAUUGGAUUUGUGCCCUUCUUUUUGAGCAGCAAUUCCUCAGUGUGAAAAAAGACUGCGGACUCGUGUCUGCUGUGAGAUGGCCACGCGCAGACGAGCCGAGCUUUGCUGUUACAGGCUCGCCAUAGGGCGACACACAGGGCCCUUCUCUGGCUUCUGUCUCUCAUGCACGAGACACAUCAGUUUUCUUUGAAACAAAGAUUGGGUUCUGCAGCAUCUCCAGUCUCUGACAUUGUCUUUUGAACGAUGCCUCUUCCUCAUUACAUUGAAAAGGGGGUUCCAGGGAUUGUCCACUUGGUGGCGCCUAAUCUUCUGGCUUUCUUUCUUCUCGCAGCAACUCGGCAUGCAGCUUAUGGCUUCAAGGCAACCCUGCAGUUGGUCCCCCUUCCCUUUUAAGAGAGAAUUAUAUAUAAAUAUAUUUUUAUUUUUUCUUUUGUUUUAUUGUUUUUUUUUUUUUUCUGAAUGAGAAUGUGAAUGAGAACCCAAAAAAAACAAAAACUAGCAAAAGACUAGAGGAAAAAAAAUUAUCAAAACUGAAAACAAGACUGCCUUUUAUUUCCCUUUUAAAACAUGAAUCUAUUUAGCAGUGAGAACAAAAUGAUGAAACAUUGCCUUAUAGUAACCUAGAAGCUUGCAGAAGGAGCUGCCAUAUUGGAAUAGAGCAGCAGCCAAUCAUAAGCAUUUUGGAGCAGCCAAUAAACAGAAGACUGGCUGCAGACCAGUCAUAUCACCUGGCACAAUAGCCCCCACAUUUCAUGCUGCUGUUUAUCUUCACUGGGACGACUGUUUCAAGGUUGUUCUACCCCAGGGCAUAUUAAUUUGGUAUUAAAAAAAAAUUGCCGCAUGAUGUAAAGCAGGAAGAGGCAAUUUGAUUUUUUUUUUAAUUACAUUUUUAAUUUUUUUCCCCCCUUAAGGAACAAGAAUAAACAAAAUCAGUUCCAUGCUGCAAAAGGGUUAGUUGUGUUGCAUUUGCUGUGUUUCUUUGGGGACCUUAGGGCUUAAUUCUACCGAAGAUUUGGAAAUUCUUGGCCAAUUGGCCAUCGCUGAACCACAGAUUACAAUCGAGACUCGUUUACACCUUAAUAGACUCCCCCCCCCCCCCCCCUCCCCCCGCCAGUUUUAGUAAAUCACUGCCAUCCCCGCUGCAGGUAGUGCUCUUCUGAAUGCAGGAAAUUCACAGAGACAAUGGAAUUGAAACUGCUUUCAGACUCUGUUGCAAAGCCAAAUCUGACGGGUCUUGUGGCUGAGAAGGUGCAUUUGUGCAUGUAGCUGGCAUGACAGACACUGCCAUUGAAUAAAAUGGUGCCUAAAGGUUUGGUGUGUUCAGCCAAAUCAAGUUACCAGAGCACUAAUUAAAUAAGCCUUCAUAUGAUUAAUUAGGGCUGGAUCCUUAAGGAACCAUGGCUGGUUACACAGAUAUUUAAAUGCCCCUCCCCUUCAUUCUUUAUCCUCAGUAGCUGUUAAUAUUCACCAUCGGUGGUGGCAGCUGCCAUCUUGCCAGUUUUACCUCUACUUGGAUUUGUGUUCCAUAUAUUGGUGAUGACUAGUGGGUGAAAGGGUAGAUACGAGUGCCUAAUACUCCCAGAAUCCCUUGAGGGUGCUUACGGAACUGUCACUUGCCCCCUGUGCCCUUUGCAAGUAUGCAGUGAACUUAGUCCUGAUAUGGUUAUCUGCCUUUCCAGGCAUGUAUGUGCUACAGAUCAUAUAUCUUCAGAUAUGUAUAGAAAUAUAUAUAAAUCCGUCAUGGUUAGCUGCUCAUGUGAUUUAUUCUUUUACACUGGCCUACUCUUUUAUAUUGACAGUAGCUAGUGUGUCCUUUAGUUUGCUCCUUCCCUCCCAUAUCUUGAUUUUGGCCCCCAUGUAGAAUGGCAGGAACGAACUGUUGCUUUGUUGCACCUUACAAAUCCAUUAAAAUACAAACAACCUAUUGCUCCAAACCAGUGACUCUAGCACUGCUGGGCUGGGAGUCACGCUGUCUUAGAUUUGCACACAAUUCACUUCAAACCACUUGUUUUCCCCCCCCAGGAAGACUGACACGCUUACAUUUCUUGAUGAGAGUGGAUUGGUGCUCAGUGUAUUGCUGUUCUAAAGAUUCCACUACCUUCCCCUUCACAAGCCUUUGCCAACACUUAACCUUCCACCUUCCAAAGUCAUCGUUGACUUUGUGCAAACGCUGCUGCCCCCAGACUAUGGAAUGCUUCAGAUACAUUACCCCCCACCCCCUUUAUGCUCAGAUCAAAAAACAGAAAGAAAAAAAAAAAUUCAAAAAAAAUGGAUAAAAUUGACAAAAUGUAAAAUACUUGAAUGAGCGCUUGUAUUAUAACAUUAAUAUUAUUCAGAGUAUCCAUUCUUAUUGAGUUAUGAUUUUGCUUCUAGCUGUGCUUUAGUCAUUUCUUGGUAAUUUGUGGUAAUUAUACUUUUUCCUUUUUAAUACAAAAAAAAAUGUAUAAAAAUAAAAACCUCAAAGACAA